GUGGAACGCUAUUGGACGAUGUAGAGUGACGUCAGUGAACGCGGAAGUGAACUCUCGGUGCUAACAAAUGUAAACAUUUUGUUAACCGACUGCUUUUAGAAGAUAGCGGUUAUUGUAUUAAAUGUAUUAAAGUACAUUUGAUUUUAUGUAGUCCCUGAACACUGUAGGCUUCUAACAUUGCGGCUGUUAUAAGUAGUUUAUUGUUAUUUUGUGUGUAAAACCUCCAGCAUUGCGAAUAUAGACCUCGUUUCCUGAGAACAAUGUCUUCUGUCGAUAUCCAUUCCCAGUUAGCGUCCAUAAUAGAAAGAUUUGCCAAGGGGGCACUUGUAGAGAUGACUAAGGUUAUAGAUAAGGAUUCGGCACUUUUACGCGCAGAAAUUGCGCGGAGACAAAUGGAGGUCGAGGCGCUUUUGUGUAAACUACAGUACGCAGAAAGUGAGCUUAGAUCCGUGAGACAAGCUGCAGCUACACGCCAGUCAGCUGCUAACCGCCGGUCUGUAGCUGUACAAGUGACCAUCACAGCUGCACUGCAAGGUUUCUCCAGUGUCACUGUUUCUUUCCUUCCGAGUUCUCCAGUUUCAUCCCACCUCCCAAAACUAGAUGUAAAGGUGGAUUAGCUAUUCUAAGUCACCUCCUCUGUGCGCGUGUGUGUGCGCGUGUGUGUGCGCGUGUGUGUGGGCGCACGUGUGCGUGCAUGACAGAGCGAGAAAUAAACAUGCUUAACAAAGACCCUAAUGUCACUCACACAGACACGCAUAUGGAUGCUUCUUCUAAUGCAAAGGAGAACAGAGCAGAAGCGUUUCAGGUUAAAGAGGAGAGAACCGAGCUGAAGCCAUGGGACAGUGCAGACGAAAUUGAGGAGACUCGUGUGUGCUGGGAGGAGGAGCGUCAUGCAUCCAACACAUCAGAAGGAGGUCUUCAUGAUGCCAAACCCAGUGUUAUUUGGGACUCGCCUGAGUUAGAGGACUUCAAUAUGAGAACUGAGACAUCACAAGACACUACUAAUGCAGAUCAUGCGCAUCACAGCACAAAUGCAUCCCCAAACCCAAGAGAAGAAAACACUGUUCACUAUCAAUAUCAGCAAACCACAGACAGUGAUGUCGGUCAACACAGACUCAAUCGCUUAACUAACAUUAAUGCUAAUGCUGCAGCACAUAAUCUGGCCAGUGAGCAGAGAGGUGACGGUGUGGGGACGGGGGAGAAGAGUUCACGCUGCACUCAGUGCGGUAAAACCUUCACCACACGCUUCUACUUAAAGAUUCAUCAACGCAUCCACACAGGAGAAAGGCCCUACACGUGCCUACAGUGUGGCAAGCGCUUUUACUGCAAUUCCCACCUCAUUUCACAUCAGCGCUGCCACACGGGAGAGAAGCCCUACAGCUGCGAGGAGUGUGGCAAGUCGUACUCCCAUUUAAACUCGCUGAAACUGCACCAGCGCAGCCACACCGAGGAAGAGGUCUGCAACUUCUGGUGACAUAGAAAUCCAGAUCAGGCCUUUUUUUUGUCUCACACACACACAAACACGGAUGUAGCAUUAACUGAAUUUACAACAUAGCACAAAAUGUAAAAUGCACAAUAUUGCUAUUGUGGACAAUGUCUCAUCUUCACUUCUGACUUUUAUCUGAAGCGAAUGGCCAAUUUUUUAUGGAGUGAGAAAUUGCUACCGACUACAAACAAGAUAUAAGCCCUUCUAAAAGUUUAAACAAUAGUCUAAUUCAGUUGACACAAAGCUUUGUCUUUAUUCUUCAAUUUUGUAAUAGUUUUAAUUAUUUGGUUAACCAAGGCUUGUUCAGUGCCUAAAGAUUUCCUCUUUGUUUCAUUUUUUAGUCAUUUUUCUUUUAAUAUAGAUUACAAGUUUCUAUUCAACAGUUUAGCAUUGGGACAUCAUCACACAUAUCUCAAAACUUCACUUUUUUUAUCUGAAACAUUGAAGGUAGUGUUUCUUUUAUAUAAUGCACCAUAUUUUAAUAAAUCAUAUUUAAAAGCUACAC